AUGUAUUAUCCUAAAGGUCUGAAUGAAGUAAAUAAGCAAGAGUAUGUAUCUAAUACUAUUUGGCUUGCAACCAGUAUUUCACAAAUUAGUCAGAUAUCAUUACGUUCUACAGUAGAAUAUAUAGCCACCUCAAAUUGGAUAACAUUAUCAACAUUGUGCACUUGGCAGCAAGAUAUUUCUACAUUAUAUACUAAUGCUCAAAUUUAUCAGUUUUGGAAUCAAAAGGAUCAAGUACCUGUUAUAACUGUAGCUCAUCUUAAGGAUAUUCCUAGUUGUAAUGUAAAUACUAUAUCUAAUACUAUUACAAAGCAAGUUGACGCGCUACCAUGCCUUGAUGAUUUGGAUACGGAGGAUGAGAAAUGUACUUAUUUAAGGUCUUUAAUUUCGACGUCUGAUAUCCUUCCACCUUCUUGUUGCCAAACACCACUCCAAGUUAUUGUAGAAAAAUCCGUUUCCAUUGAUGAGAAUGCUGAAGCUAUCGUGGAUGCUGAAGUUGUUGUGAAUCUGUCAACUUCUAGGAGUAUUCUGAAAGACACUUACUACCUGAAAAUGCCUCACAACUCCUUCGCUAUUAUG